AUGGCCAUUCAUUUGAGGUUGGAAUUAUGGUAUGACUCGCGGUUUUCGAGCUGCUGGCUAAGUAAUGGAUAUUUGGUGGGGAUUGAGAGGAGAAUGGGGGGAAGAAGAGAGAAAAUCUGGAUUUACGAGGAAAGAGCAGACCGGUGCUUUUCCGUCAGCAAUUCAGAGAGAAAAAGUUGGGCAAGGGAUCAUGUGAUUUAUUUCACGCUUUCUAUACAAGAGCAAAGGGAAAAUCAUAAUGCUGAGAUAUUUCAAUCCAGUGGGUGCCAUCCUAGUGGCUAUAUUGGUGAAGAUCCUCGUAGAAUUCCAAAUAAUCUCAUGCCCUUUGUUCAACAAGUGGCCGUUGGCAGGAGACCUGCAUUAACAGUGUUUCAUGUGGUGGAUUUAGUAGAUGGUCAUAUUGCUGCUUUGAGCAAGCUACCUGAUCCUUCCGUAGGUAUGAUAAUUUUUUGUUAUGACACUUCCUAG